AAAAAAAAAAAAAAAACUUGAGAAUCGAUCUCAAAGUGUUCCGGCAACGAUGAUGCAGCGAUGCCUCGCGAGGCUCCGUUCUAUCGCCGUCGUUUACUCACGCCUACCUCCACCACCACCGUCAUCUCGCCGCCUCCUCCACCACGCGCCGCCGCAACAACCUCUUCACUCUCAUUUCUCCACUCCUAACCGCUCCUUCCUUCCUCCCUUCAUCUUCUCUUCCUCGCCGCUACUCGCACCUCGUUCUUCUCCGCUUCCUCCCUCUUUUGGUGUUCAAGUGCGGCAUGCUGUUUCGUCGAGGGAUCGGAGGAAGAAGAGAAAGGCUAUGAGUCCUGCUGUUUCCAAGCUUAAGAAAUACAAAAUCAAAGCCUACUCGUCUUUCAAGUCCAGGUUUAGACCAUUGAAUGAUGGCACUAUCAGGCGAUGGAAGGAGGGUAAACGUCACAAUGCACAUUUGAAGUCAAAGAUAUCCAAACGCAGAUUGAGACAACCUGGGAUUGUUCCUGCCGCUUAUGCCAAAGUGAUGAAGAAGCUAGGUUUCUGUGGUUAGAACAUUGUAAGUUGCUGCCAGUUACAGCAUGAAAGUGGACUGGUCAGGAUUUGCUUUUUAACUCUGAUCAUUUGUCCACUUUCACAUUUUAGAAUCUGUAGAACAGCAAAUUACAGGGCAGUUUCAUUCUUAUCUGUUUGUGUGGAACAGUUAGAGUUGAUAAUAUUUCGAGUUCUAAGUGGCAUACUUUAGUGGACAAUGUUGCAAUAUUGUUAACAUGCUGAUUGAUCCUUCUUUUGCGGUUAGAUUUGAUUUGUUUCAUUUUGCAGUUUGAUAAAAUAAAAUAUCGGACUCAUCGAUUGCUUUGCCACAAA